UCUCUCCUGACCUCAAGGCUGCUGAUCCACCGUGCCAUGGCCUCCGGGACCGGCUUCAAGAGGUCAGACAGCAUCGCCGACAUCAUGCCCGAGGCGCUGCGCCAAAGCCGAUACCAGAUGAAGAGGUGCUUCCACAGGUAUGUGUCCCAGGGCAGGAGGCUCAUCAAGAACCAGCAGCUCAUGGAUGAGCUGCACGAAUCAACGGAUGGCAAACUCCACAAGGACAAGCUUGCCCAAGGCUAUCUUGGCUACAUCAUUUCUUCCACGCAGGAGGCAGUGGCACUUCCUCCAUAUGUCGCGUUUGCUGUCAGGAUGAGUCCUGGCAUCUGGGAGUACAUCAAAGUCCAUUCUGCUCAUCUGUCCGUCGACCAAAUCACGCCCUCCGAUUACCUCAAGUGCAAAGAGACCUUGUACGAUGAAAAAUGGGCACAAGAUGACAACUCACUCGAAGUCGAUUUUGGUGCCCUGGAUCUCUCGACGCCUCAUCUCACGUUGCCUUCAUCCAUAGGAAAUGGGAUGCGGUUUAUCUCCAGAUUCAUGUCUUCAAAACUGAGCGACAAGCCACACAACAUGAAAACACUGCUUGACUACUUGCUCGCACUGAACUAUCGUGGCGAGAAACUCAUGAUCAAUGACACCCUCGACACUGUUAACAAGCUUCAGACAGCACUGCUUCUCGCUGAAGUUUUUGUCAGUGGCCUGCACAAGAACACACCAUACCAAAAGUUUGAACAAAAGUUUCAGGACUGGGGACUGGAGAAAGGAUGGGGUGACACUGCUGAAGCAUGCAGAGAAACACUCAACUGCCUCUCUCAGAUGCUCCAAGCACCGGAUCCUAUCAACAUGGAGAAAUUCUUUAGUAGGUUACCAUCAGUAUUCAACAUCGUGAUCUUCUCCAUCCAUGGUUACUUCGGCCAAGAGAAGGUCCUAGGUAUGCCAGAUACCGGCGGUCAGGUUGUUUACAUUCUGGACCAAGUUAGAGCUCUCGAAGAGGAACUACUGCAAAGAAUCAAGCAGCAGGGCCUGAAUGUCACACCUAAGAUUCUUGUGCUAACAAGGCUCAUACCAGAAGCAAAGGGCACCAAAUGCAAUGUAGAGCUUGAAGCCAUUGAAAACACAAAGCACUCGAGCAUCCUCCGUGUGCCAUUCAAGACUGACGAUGGGAAAGAUCUUCGCCAGUGGGUCUCCCGGUUCGACAUUUAUCCUUACCUAGAGAGAUAUGCGAAGGAUUCUUCUGUCAAGAUCCUCGAUAUAUUGCAGGGCAAACCGGACUUGGUCAUCGGCAACUACACUGAUGGCAAUUUAGUAGCAUCCCUUGUGUCAAGGAAACUAGGAGUCACUCAGGGAACGAUUGCACAUGCUCUUGAGAAGACAAAGUAUGAGGAUUCGGAUGUCAAGUGGAGAGAAAUGGACCAAAAGUAUCAUUUCUCCUGCCAAUUUACUGCUGAUAUGAUUGCCAUGAACACUAGUGACUUCAUCAUCGCUAGCACCUACCAAGAAAUAGCUGGAAGCAAAGAGAAGCCUGGCCAGUAUGAGAGCCAUUAUGCAUUCACAAUGCCAGGGCUCUGCCGCUUCGCUACAGGCAUCAAUGUCUUUGACCCCAAGUUCAACAUUGCUGCCCCUGGUGCUGAUCAAUCUGUUUACUUUCCAUUUACACAAAAGCAGAAGCGUCUGACAGACUUACACCCGCAGAUCGAGGAGUUAGUCUACAGCAAGGAGGACAAUGAUGAGCACAUAGGGUACUUAGAAGACAGGAGCAAGCCAAUCAUAUUUUCAAUGGCAAGGCUCGACAAGGUGAAAAACAUCACUGGGCUGGUUGGAUGGUAUGGUCAGAACAAGAGGCUCAGGGACCUUGUCAACCUUGUAGUCGUCGGAGGCCUCCUGGACCCCUCGCAGUCGAAGGACAGGGAGGAGAUUGAGGAGAUAAACACGAUGCACAGUCUGAUUAACAUGUACCAGCUAAAGGGGCAGAUCCGUUGGAUAAAAGCACAGACGGACCGUGUGCGCAACGGGGAACUGUACCGUUGCAUAGCAGAUACCAAGGGAGCCUUUGUUCAGGUACAUGACCAACUUAAGACAAGUACUCUUGGCAGCUUAAGCAUAAAACUCAAAGCUAACCGUGUCAUUGAAUGCUAUGUCUUUCAGCCUGCACUCUAUGAAGCGUUCGGACUAACCGUCAUCGAGGCAAUGAACUGUGGGUUGCCAACCUUUGCAACAAAUCAGGGAGGCCCUGCAGAGAUCAUCGUCAAUGCGGUUUCAGGUUUCCAUAUCAAUCCACUUGAUGGCAAGGAGGCAAGCGACAAGAUUGCUGACUUCUUUCAGAAAUGCAAGGAAGAUCCCACGUACUGGAACAAAAUUUCCACUGCUGGACUGCAGCGCAUCUAUGAAUGCUACACAUGGCAGAUCUAUGCAACCAAAGUUCUUAACAUGGGGUCAAUGUAUGGCUUCUGGAGGACUCUGAACAAAGAAGAGAGAGUGGCCAAACAGAGCUACCUACAGAUGUUUUGCAACCUUCAGUUUAGGAAGCUGGCAAAGACUGUACCGAAAUUGGGAGAACAACCAGCGCAACUCACAGUCCCUGAUAGGAUUAUACCAAGGCCAAAAGAAAGCAGAAGGACGCAGACAAGGAUUCAGAGGAUUGCGAGCAGCUUACUUGAACCAGUACUCCCGACGGAUGCAGCUUGAAGGAAUGUCUGCUGUGCUUGCUUGCUGGACUGAGAAAUGUAUUUCCUUCUUUCCUCGUGUCUGUCAUUGAUUUGUAGAGAUGUUAAUAAAAAUAUAAAAGCGCGGCUGUCCAUCAUGAUUGUGA